UACGAGUCACCUGUGGGAGGAAGCGGGAUUGAGUCGAUUCAGGAAGACAGUGAGCUGGACAUCACUCCGCGUCAGCCACUGCCUGUUCCAGCAGCGAUGCCGUUCUUGCGGUCGUCGUCACUGCGACGACGUCCGGCUUCACCUUUGCAUACAGUAACUAAUGCGAAUGCACCUACAUCUUACCCUGGAAGCAACAUCGACCAUACGAGCAACUUAUCUACUGCAUCUUCCGGCUCCAACUCGCCUUCGCUGGGCCCUCAACGAUUCAAUGAAGCGUAUCCACCACUCCAUCAUUAUGCAAGCUCUUCAUCAUUCAGCAGCAUUCCUUCCACACCAACUUCGCAACGAUCGCGAUCACCUUCAAUAACAUCCCUGGAAACGAUCGAGGAUGAUCCAGAUUUGGAGAGCAUGGCAAUCGAGGCAGAGCGCAUCGAGAGACUGAAGCUGGCAGCUGAGAGAGCAGAACGAGCAGAGCGCGGUGAGGAUCCCGAUGACAAUCCACGACGGCGAGGCAGUCUCGACGCCCCGAGAGGCUUCGGGUUCAGCAGGGGAGGCAACCGGGAGAGGAAACGCUGGUCGGUCUGCGGAGGUGAGAGGAGGGCAGACUUGGACCUAGAGACGAUUUGGGAGGAUUGAAGAAGAUAAAAUAGGAGAGGGGGCUGAGAUUGAAGGACUUUUGGCAUGACUUCAAUGAACUAUGGAAAUUGAUGAUUUGAGAACUGGUAGGGCAACCUCCGAGGCUGUGCACGUCACGAUACCCACGCCGCCUUAUGUAGCGAGCGCAGUUAUCAGUCUUUCAAGCUCUCUGAUCCUCGACCUUUACUUUCACGUUUCUGCUUUUGCACAAGAUGGAGCUUGCACUCCAACUUUUCGCGAACCUCGAGCUCGACAAUGA